AUGCCUUCAACAGUGUGGUACACCGCUGCAGCGGUUCUAUUCUUUGUUCCAACAUUUGCAGCAUCCGCGUUCUUUGGACCUGCUUGCGGCAUUCGGUCCAAUGCUGCAUCCCAACUCACAGGGUGCGAUAUCCUCAUCCGCGCUGGGCUCUCUGGCCAAAUUUUCUUUUCGAACGACACGGAGUACGCCGUCACCAUUCAGUCUUACUACUCUGGCGAUGUUCAAGACGUUCGACCUUCAUGUAUCCUCAAGCCCACGACUUCACAGCAGGUUUCGGACGCCAUCAAGCCACUUAACCGCGAAGCCUUGGGCUGUUGGACGGUGGCCAUACGUAGCGGUGGCCACUCACCAUUCCCGUCGAAUAAUGCUGCCAAUGGCGUUACCAUCGAUCUCGGUGGCAUCAAUUCCAUCAGCUAUAUGGAGAAUCCUGAUUCGCCGGGACACGGUGUUGCAGCGCUCGGCCCCGGCGGGCGCUGGAGUGAAGUGUACUCUGCCCUUGAGGAACAAGGGGUGAUGACAAUGGGCGGACGCGAAGGUUAUGUUGGUGUGGGAGGGUUCCUGCUUGGCGGAGAUAUUCAUGACGAGUGCGGUUCCAAAUCGUGCGGAAUCUGCAGUGCUAACAGCGUAUUUGCGCAAGUGGUGCUCGCUAAUGGUAGUCUCAUUGAAGCGAACGCGACGGCGUACGCGGACCUUUUCAAGGCUCUGAAAGGUGGCAUGAACAAUCUUGGUGUCGUGACAAGGUUCGACCUGCGAACUUUCCCUGCAAAUGACAUUUACGGUGGUAUCGUCGCAUUCGCAUAUGCAGACAAGGAACCCGUCGUGAAAAGCUUCAUCACUAUGGUCAGAGAGAACGAGGAAAAUCCUGCCGAGAGCGGAUUUGUUUCCUUGUCGUGGGGUCCUGGGCGAGAUCCUUCAGUCGCCUUCAUUACCGCCAACGUUGAUGGCGUCAGCAAAUCGUCCUCCUUCGCCGGACUCGCGGACUUGGGGCCUCUUAUUGACACCAGAUCGGCGGUCCCGAACUCAGAAUUCGUCAAGCAGCUCCAAGGCACACUCGGUUUGUACAAUGUGUGGUUUACGCAGAGCUUCCACGCAACCAUGGAGAUGGGCAGGAAAGUUCUUGAAGUUUUCGAGGCUCUCAUCGCGGACCUGGAGGGAAAACUCGACGAGAAUGCCACGAUAAUAUUUGUGAUGACUCCCCUCUCAACCAACUACGCUCACAACGGGCCUAAUAUCCUCGGAUUAAACGAAGAGCUGACAGAGCCAUCCGUCGUGCUUCAAGUCGAGUGCUUGCUUCCAACCCCAAAUGACGAGGCAUUGUUGACUGGAAAGUUUGAGGCAGUCAUAGAUGAGAUUUCCGAGCAUGCUGCAAGGACAGGACAAAGCACAAUCUUCAAGUACAUCAACUACGCACACCAGACACAGGACCCACUUCAGUCGUACGGAGGCGAUAAUCAGGACUUCUUGGAGAAGGUGGCUCAGACUUAUGACCCCAACGGCUUCUUCCAACAUCGGGUGUCAGGAGGGUUCAAAAUUUCCAAAAGCAAUAGAGCCUGA